AAUUCUAAAUUUGGUUGCCAACGAAGAUUCCUUUGAUUUGCAAGGGAGGAGCGUGGAGGAACUAGAAGAAAAGGUAUACAGGAUUUUAAAGCAGAAGAGGUAUCUCCUGGUAUUGGAUGAUAUGUGGGAUGCUAAAGCUUGGGAUGACUUAAAGAGAGUAUUUCCUGAUGAUAAGAAUGGUAGUAGAAUUAUACUUACAAGUCGGAUUCAAGAAGUAGCUGUUCAUGCAAGUGAAGACACUCCUCCCCACUGCCUGCGUUGCUUGAGUAUGCAUGAAAGUUGGGAGCUUCUAAGCUCAAAGAUCUUUGUGGGUGGUGAAUCCUGCCCUCAGGAAAUGGUGGAGGUUGGAAAGCAAAUAGCCUAUAAAUGCCAUGGUCUGCCACUAACUAUAGUUGUUUUAGGAGGUCUUCUGUCAAAGAUGAGCAAGAAAAUAGAUGUUUGGGAAUCAGUUGCCAAAUGUGUGGGGUCACUGUUGAUGGAAGAAGCAGAACAGUGUCAACACAUACUUGCUUUGAGUUACAACCAUUUGCCUGAUUUCUUGAAACCAUGCUUCCUUUACAUGGGUAUGUUCCCGGAGGAUUAUGAAGUAUCAGUAAAGAAAUUGACACGGUUGUGGGUUGCGGAAGGAUUUAUCUGGUCUACUACUCAUAAGAGCUUGGACGAAAUUGCUGAGAAUUAUUUGGCAGACCUUAUAGCUAGAAGUUUAAUAUUGGUCAAAAGGAGAAGUUCUCGUGGUACGGUCAAGACUUGCUACGUCCAUGAUUUGAUGUGAGAACUCUGCCCAGAGUCCCAGAAGCACAAUUUUCUUCAUGCAAUCAACAGCUGUGGACAACUUCCAGCACCAGAUGAGGUGAAGAUUCCAUGGCACAUUCUUCAACGGAUGAAUGUUCCCCGACAUUAUGAUCUGCAAAGACUGUCCUUCCACUCCAGCAUCCACGAGUAUAGCAAUAAAGCAUCAUUCCCAUACACCCGUUCUCUGAUGAGCUUCGAGAAACUAUCUGUAUCAGGCUAUCGAUGUUUCUUAGGCAUGUCGCUUAAACUACUAAAAGUGUUGAACAUAGUUAACAUCAAUCUAAUGGAUCUUCCAAGAGAAAUAAUGAUGCUAACUCAGUUGAAGUUUUUGGCACUCACUGUCCAAGGUUCCUUAGAUAUAAGGAACUUAAUUGAAUUCCGCCUCCUGCAGACCCUUGUCAUUGAUUGUGAAUGGGACGGAUAUUUAAUCCGAACAUUCUGGGACAUGCUGGAGUUAAGACAUUUUCAUUUGAAGAGAAGUUGUCAGUCUUAUUUAUCAACUUAUUCUCUAUUAUCUCAGUCACAGCUACCCUUAGUGUCUGCAGUAAGAGAAACACUUCCACUAAGUGUGCUUAACAAUUUGUUAUCCGUAUCCACAGUACGGCCUAUCAGUUGUACUGAGAACAUGUUGAGAUCCAUGCCCCAUUUAAAGAGCUUGGGAGUGUAUGAAAGUGAAGAAGACUACCAGUUUCAUGGUUGGCUUGAAAGGCUUAUGCUCUUACCAGAACUUGAGAAGCUUAAGUAUGUCUUUAGCAAUCCAUUUAUCAGUUCAUCUCUCAAACCGGGUCGCCUUCCACCAUGGCAGAGUCUUCCCCCAAAGCUAGUGAAGCUGACAUUGAGUGGUACCUCCUUGCCGUGGGACGAUAUGUCCAAGCUCAGUAUGCUACCCAAACUAGAGGUGCUUAAACUCAGAAAUUAUGCCUUCUCGGGAGCAGUAUGGAAUUCCUGGACGGGUGGUUUUCGUUGUCUCAAGUUCCUGCUGAUUGGCAGCACAAAUCUCGAGAUAUGGGAGACUGAUGGAAAUCAUUUCCCGAAUCUUCGUCAGCUUGUUCUAAGGCAUUGCAGGUUUUUGGAAGAGAUCCCUUAUGGAAUUGGUGAAUCACCUCUGUUGGAGACCAUUGAACUGCAUCGGUGCAAGAAUUCUGCUGUUAUAUCUGCAAGGAACUUGCAAGAAGAGCAACAGAGUUUGGGAAAUGAUGGACUCACUAUUUACAUCACGGAUGGCUAAGCUUUGGUCUUGUACAGUGAUGGCCAAUGCAUUCUACCUCUGGACUUGGUAUGCAGAAAUGUGACUUCACGAAUGUUUAAUGUGUACAAGGAGAAGGAAUCAAGUAGGCUUUUUCUUGUAUCUAGACAAUAUCCAAAUCAUUAUACAGAAACUAUGUACCUGAAAGAGUGGACGAUGAGCUGAUUAUCCACUUGAUCAUUUGCAUUUUUGUUCA